ACAGAUGAAAACCAACACCAUUUAGCCUAUAAUUUCAUAAUAGCUGCAACAGAUAUGUUGGCUAUUUUAAAUUACACCGAAAUAUUGUUUUUUGUUCUGUUAUUUACUCUUCUUUAUUUCAGAAACUUCAAUUCAAAAAGAAAGGGAAGUGCGUUACCUACUAACUGGCCAGUUCUUGGUAUGAUGCCAGCAGUAAUUGUCAAUGCUCACAGAUUCCAUGACUAUCUCACCGAGCUUCUUGAGAUUACUGACACGUUUUGGUUUAAAGGCCUCUGGUUUACUAACAGUGAGAUAUUGCUGACUAGUGAUCCAGCUAAUGUUCACUACAUAUUGAGCAAAAAUUUUCCAAACUUCACAAAAGGUCCUGAAUUUAAGAAGAUAUUCGACAUUUUAGGAGAUGGGAUAUUCAAUGCAGAAUCGGAAUCCUGGAAAAACCAAAGGAGAACUGUUAUGUCGUUAAUCAAUCACCACAAGUUCCAAAAGUUCGUUGCUACAAUUAGCCAGAACAAGGUGGAAGAAGGGCUCAUCCCAGUUCUUGAGAAUGCUGCAAAAAUGGGAAAGGAAGUGGAUAUGCAAGAGUUAUUUCAGCGUUUCACCUUUGAUUCUGCUUGCAUUAUGGUUUUAGGCCAUGAUCCAGCUUCAUUGUGCAUUGAUUUGCCCCAUUUGCCAUAUGAAAAGGCCUUUGCUGAUGCUGAGGAGGCACUUUUGUACAGGCAUAUUCUCCCAGAAACUUACUGGAAGCUUGAAAAGUGGCUCAAUCUUGGCAAAGAGAAGAAACUUAGUGAAGCUAAGGACACUGUGAAUCAAUUUCUGAUGCAUUGUAUCUCACUGAAGCGCCAGAAAGUAAAAUCCAUUGACCAAAUUUCAGAGCACGAAAAUGAAGAUUUUGCAUUCUUAACAAGUUAUAUGAAAGCAGUUGAAGAAAACGGUGAUGCACCUGAUCACAUAUCUGACAAUGUAUGGAAAGACACCAUGCUGAAUUUAAUCUUUGCUGGUAAAGACACAAUAAGUGCAGCUCUUACUUGGUUUUUUUGGCUUCUAUCAACAAAUCCGAUUGAAGAAAAAAAGAUUCGAGAAGAAAUCAAGACGAAUUUACAAGUCAAUGAAAAAGGAAAAUGGAAAUUUUCCAACACGGAAGAGUUAAAGAAACUGGUCUAUCUACACGGUGCACUGUGUGAAUCAUUACGCCUAUUUCCACCAGUGGCUUUGCAGCAUAAAGCGCCGAUAAAGCCAGAUAUUCUUCCGAGUGGACAUCAGAUCAAACCGAACAUGAAAACUGUUUUAUCCUUCUAUUCAAUGGGAAGAAUGGUAUCCAUAUGGGGGAAAGACUGUCUACAGUUCAAGCCAGAAAGAUGGAUUUCCGAACAAGGACGGAUCAAGCACGAACCAUCUUUCAAAUUUACUGCAUUUAACGCAGGGCCGAGGAGCUGUUUAGGGAAGGAGAUGACUUUCAUUCAAAUGAAAAUAGUUGCAGCCUCCAUUAUAAACAGUUACCAUUUUCAAGUGGUAAAAGGCCCUAUAGCUCCAAGUAACUCUGUUGUGCUUCACAUGAAACAUGGAAUGAAGGUUACUGUAUCAAAAUUGUUUGACGAAUCCUAGAAAUUGAUCGUGCUUGGGUUUGGGAAUAAAAAGUGGUUUCCGUUUGUAAUUUGCUAAUUGUUAAGUGAUAUGAUUGUAAUAAAGCAUUGAUACGCUUAGAUUAAAUGGCACGAUGCUCUGUUGGUUU